AUGAGCGAUCAGCAACAGCCUGUUGCCCCUGCCUCGCCAGCUGCGCCGGCAGCUCUCGCUCAGACGAGCUCGCCGCCAACUCAGACAGCCCAGACCGCUCAGUCAGCACCGACCCCGCAGCAGCAGGCGGGACUGAGUGACACCUCAGCCGGAACGCAAGUCUUCUCCGCGCCAACAGAGACAACAGGACCUGAAGCCGUGCCCGAUUCCUUCUUCGAGCCGACACUGCAGGAUGUGCAGGCGCACCAUGCUUCGGUCGUGGCGCGCAGCAAGCGUCUAAACGAGGCUCCCCUCCUGACAGCGAAGCACCGCGAUGCUGACGUUGCGGCUCGUGACGCGAAGAAGGCGGAGAAGUGGCCGAACGUGAGCUCAGAUGGCUAUUCUCAGCUGACAACAGACGACGAUUCGCAUAAAGUUCUCAGAUGGAACGCAGAUUCAGAGCACUUUCCCUUCGUCUUCUGCCCGGUGUACGCUUUCGUGCGUGAGAGUCUCGGAGCCGACGUCAAGGAGCAGCCCUUUACGCUGUACCAGCCUCCGCGGACCAUGUUCCCCGAGAAGCCCGUCCCGCAGCCGCCGCAGAAGAAGCACAUCAACCCGGCGAUGAAGGCGCGUGUGAUUGCGCCGGCGAACUAUGGCCCGCAGCGGGGGCUCAGCACGCAGGGCGGGACGGGAGGGAACGAGAGUCUGUCCCAGCUCGGGCUUGUGCCGCAGAGCGUGCUGCUCGUGAAGUGGGAUGACACGGAGAUGAACUCGUCCACUUACGCCGCGCCACUGAACGAUGAGCUCAAGGCGAGGAUGAAGCCCCUGCCCGCACCCGUGACUAAGGAGGCCGAGCCGCCCAAGGGAGAUCCGAUCAAGCAGAUGCAGACGGGAGAGAAGAAGAUGCCCAAGUGGCUGCAGAAGGGGUUGAUGAAGAAGAAGACGUAA